AUGUUGUUAGCAAAUAUCCAACAAUUAUGGAUAAAUAUCCUAAUUUUUUGGAUUAUAUUACCAGGAUAUACAACAUCUUCAAUAUAUAAUAAUUUUGAAGGAAAAGAUUUGGAAAAUAAAAAACAUUUAAAUGAAGGAAUGAAAGAAACUGUUAAAGAAAUGUUAAAUUAUAACAAAUAUCCACAUAAUUCAUCACAAAAAUAUUCUCGUAAAGUUACAUCACCAGCAGGAAAAUAUAUGUUAGCUUUAUUUGAUAAAUAUACAAAAUCAGCUAUUGCUAAUUUAUCAUAUAGUGAUUCAAAUAUAAUUCGUUCAUUUAAUCCAAUACCUUAUCUUAGAGAUAUACGUUACAAAGACUCAUUAGUUUUUAAUAUUUCUGUUAUUGAUAGUUCUGAAGAGAUUUUACGAGGUGAUCUUUAUAUAUAUCAAAAGCAUCUACCAAAAAAUCUUUUUAAUUAUCAAAUACCAGAUGUAGUAUCUAUUGACAGUGAUGGAUUUGAAUUAAAUUUUAAAGGAAAAAAAUUGGAACAUAAUUUAUUUUUUUGGAAUGUAACAAUUUCUUUAAAAAAUGCAAGAAUUGAAAAAAAUAAUUUUUUAAUAUUUGUUUUUAAAAAAAAUUCAAAAUAUGUACCAUUAAGAAAUAUUAUUCAAUCAAAUAGUCCAUUUUUACUAGUUUAUAGUGAAUCAGAUGCAUCAAGAAGAGAAGCUAUUGAUAGACGUCUUAAAAAAAUGGCUUAUGAAGAUAGUGAAGAAAAUAUAGAUAAUCAUUUAAUAAACGGUCGUGAAAAAUUUAAUAGAGGUAGACAUUUUAUGGGAAGACAAAAAAGACAAGUUGAUUAUAUGACAUACAAUACACAAAAUCGUGUUAACAAUGAAGAUUCAGUAAAGAAAUAUGUCAAUAAAUUUGUUGUUAAAGGACCUAAAAUAUUGAAUGGUAAUAGAAAAAAAAAUAGAAAAGGUAAAAAACAAAAAAAUAAUUAUGAUUUACAAGAUCCUAUGAUGGGGUUUGGAGAAUACAUAGAUGAUAAUACAAAAGAAGAUAAUGAUAUUGACAUAUUCAAUAAUAACAAUGACGAUAAUUCAAAUAAACCAGCUGGAUUGAAAUUACUUGAUGGAAGGUAUUUUGAUACUCAAAAAUGUGGUAAAAGAACACUACAAGUAAAAUUUAGUGAUAUUGGUUGGGGUUCAAAAGUAAUUGCACCAAAAGUUUUUGAAGCAAAUUAUUGUUCUGGAACUUGUUCAUUUCCUUUAACAAAAGAUGUUCAUCACUCUAAUCAUGCUAUUAUUCAAUCAUUACUUUAUAACAUGAAAAUUAUUCCAAGUAUACCAAAUGUUUGUUGUGCCCCAGAAAGUAUGGAUUCAUUAACAAUUUUAUAUUUUGAUGAACAGGAUAAUGUUGUUUUAAAAACCUAUCCUAAAAUGAGUGUAUCAUCAUGUUCAUGUAUUUGA